AUGACUCUCUAUUUUGAUGGCAACACUGCACAUGUGUCAGGAAUUGAAGCUAUGGAGGGUUUGUGUGGCAGCCCGUUAAACUCCACCUGGACCACUACCCCGAUAGCAGAGAAGACCUCUUCCUUCAGCCCCCCCGGCUGUGAGAUUCAGCAACAAGACACCAUCGACAGCUCCAUCAACUGCAACAGCUCAACUGACCACUGUAAUCUCAUGAGGCAGCCUCCCUUCUCCGCCUGUCACGAGCACACCGACCCAGAGCCGUUCAUCAGCGCCUGCACACACACUCUGUGCAGAUACCCGUCAGUGGAUGGGGUCGACUGCCACUUUUUGGAGGCUUACGCCAAGGCCUGCAGCCUGGAAGCCAACGUGACCCUGGAGGACUGGAGGUCAACUUCUGGCUGCUCCCCCCCCCCUCUCUGUCAGCAGCCCUGCAGUGAUCAUGAGUUCUGUGGAGCAGAGAUGUGGUCGUCGUCUCGCUGCUUCUGUCGGGCUGGGUUCGCCUCCAAGUACAGAGCCACCAAGUCUUUAGGCGAGCCGCCGGUCUGCAGGCAGGGCUCGGCCACUGUGACUCUGGCUGGAUGUCUGCUGGCUGACAAAGGCAUCGACUUCUCCACCUUACACCUGAAAGACCCCAGCUGCAAGGGCCACAUGGACCCCCAGAGCAACCUGGUGACCUUCAGCUUCGACAGCAGCAACACCUGCGGGACGGAGGUCAUGAAGAACGGCAGCCAGAUCGUCUACGAGAACUCCAUCGUGUCGAGCAACCGCUCAUCGGCCGGCGUCAUCACGCGCCAAGACCAACUCAAGAUCGACUUCUCCUGCUUUUACAAACAGCUGGAGGUCAAGAGUGUGUCCUUCACUAUCAGAGACAGCUCUGUGGUGCAGCAGCUUGUAUCUGGAGUGUGGAACUACACUCUGACGAUGAAAGCCUUCAGUGACGCCGGCCUCCUGCAGCCGGUCGGCCCGAACACGGAGAUCCUGCUGAAUCAGAAGGUCUGGCUGCAGCUGGAGGCGGGGGGGCUGGACGCCAACAUGGUCGCUAUGGUGACAGACUCCUGCUGGGCAACCAAUCAGGCAUCACCUGAUGAUUCGCUGCGAUAUGACCUCAUCAUCAACGGAUGUCCGAACCCUGCUGAUGAUACGGUGCAGAUGCAGGGAAACGGACAGGGAACGUCCAGCGUUUUCUCCUUCAACAUGUUCGAGUUCUCUGGAGCAAGCAGUGAAAUCUACCUGCACUGCAAACUGGAGCUGUGCCCCACACAGGGCCAGGCCUGCGCUCCGAGCUGUGGGGGGGGUGCUCGCAGGAGGCGUAGAUCUGCUAGAUUUGCAGAAGGAAACGCUGCCCUCAUCACGAUGGCCUGGAGUAAUUAA